GGCCUUUUGGAGUUCAUCGCCCUAGCAUCUGGUCUCCUUGUAUCCUUUUUCCCGGACGAGGCCGACGACGAAUUUGAUGGAUGGAAAGGAGCAAAGAAACUCUCGGGCGACCUAGGACGAUGGCCUACAGAUUUCUCAGCCGACAUUCAUCCAGUCAGUUGUCACUCUCACAAUGACUACUGGAGGAGAGAACCUCUCUUUUCGGCGCUGAAGGCAGGAUGUACCGGAGUUGAGGCCGAUGUUUGGCUUUAUGAACAAGAGUUGUAUGUUGGACAUUCUACCGCCUCUCUCACACCGGAAAGGACUCUCCGCAACCUCUACAUCAACCCAUUGGUGAACAUCCUGGACAAGCAGAAUCCGAUCACAUCUUUUCAUGACACUCUGGACAGCCCUCGAAACGGCGUGUUUGACACAGAAUCUGCACGCACUUUAGUCCUUUUGAUCGACUUCAAGAAUGACGGACAAGCAAUUUGGCCCUAUGUCUCCGAACAACUCGAGCCUUUGCGAGAAAAACACUAUCUCACUCACUUCAACGGGACGGACGUGGUCGAGGGACCAGUCACCGUUGUGGUCACAGGUAACGCUCCGUUUAAUAUGGUGGUGGCCAAUUCGGAUUAUCGAGACAUGUUUUUCGAUGCGCCUCUGGACCUUAUGGAUAAGUUGGACGUCACAAGUACGUCUACAUCGAAGGACACCCAUGCCGUAGACAAACGGUGGUUCGGCAAUCAAGGACAAGGUCAUUCCGGAGCAGCGCCUGUAGAUCCAGCCAUCUACUCUCUUGCAAAUUCCUAUUAUGCCUCAGUCGACUUUACACGCACCAUUGGCUGGCCGUGGCGCGGCAGACUCUCCCAUGCACAGAAGGAGAAAAUGCGCAAACAAAUUGCGGGUGCACAUGCGCGAGGUCUCAAAGUUAGAUACUGGGGUGUACCCAGUUGGCCAAAGGCCAUGAGAAACUACCUCUGGCGUGUUCAAUACAAAGAAGGUGUCGAUUACUUGAACGUGGACGAUCUACGUGCAGCGACGAAAGGCACCUGGAAUUGGGGAAAGAAGGGAUCUUGGUUCAGCGGUCCUUGGCAGUUUGCGGACAAAAGGUCAUGA